AUGCAAGGAUUCAGACAGGCCAAUGCAUACCUCGAUGAAGCAGUCAUGGAAAACAAGCCUAAGAAGCUCGACGGCUUGACGACAUCCCACGGCACACAGGGAUGGCGUUCCUGGCGGAGCGUUGCGCGUGCGCAGGGCCAGCAUCGCUUGGCGCCGUGGCAGCUGCUGCGGCACCACGCGGCCACCGACGCGUGCGUCUCUGCGCGCUGGCAGUGGGUAGCAGCGGGGGUCGGGGAGCCGUUCGGGGCGUCGUGGGCCUGGGCGCCGGGGUCAGGGCGAAUGCGAAUCGUUCGAAGUGUUCGGGAGGAGACGGCGAGGGCGACCUGGCGGCCUCCAGCGUGGAGAGGCGGUGGUUCCACCUUCGAAGGAACCGACGAUGGUGACCCUCCAGGCAGUGUUCUCUGGCUCCGCCGCAUCGAAUCCUGCAGCAAGGUCGCUCGCCCGGGGACAUCUCAGCGCGGAGAAGAGAAUGCGCCGAGGGUCAGGGAGCCUCAGCCGGUGCUAGCGGCUCUUCGUGUGCGAGGACGGCCGCGCGACGGUGGCGGCGCAAUCGGCGGCCGUCGGCAAGGCAGUCGAGCCCCACCGGAGCCGCGCCCCACCGGAGCUCCCGCCCGGCACCGGCCGCCGUGCCCGCCGGGGUCGCGCCUGGCCGUGGCCGCGCCGGCUGGGACAGCACCCGCCGGGGCCGCGCCCAGCAUCGGCCGCCGCGCUCCGGAGCCCCAGCCGCCACACAGCUCUCCGGCAACCGCACCUCCGCCGCGCUCCGGAGCCACGCCCGCACCCGCCGGGGCCGCGCCCGCCCCGCCGCCGCUCUCCAGAGCCGCGGGGUCGCGCCCGGCCGUGGCCGCACCCGCCGGCGGAGAGGCAACCCUAGGCCCAGCCCAACAAUAA